AUGUAUUCACCAAGUAACAAUUAUGAAUUUGACGUUCCAGCAAGAUGGAGCAGAAGCAAAGCGUCAAGACAAUUAACAAUUUAUGAUGAUAAUUUAAAAAUAAUGUAUAAUGGUCUUGGUUUAAACGAUGAUGAUGCAGCAACAUUAAUUACUAGUAGCCCAUUUCGACCUACAAUGGGUGUAGGAUAUUUUGAAAUUUAUAUCAUAGAAGAUGGAUGUGAUAAUGGUUUUGAAAGUUUGGAAAACUCCAUUCACAUUUCUAAUUCAUUUAUAAUGUUUACAGAGAUUAUUCAUUCUCUUAGGAAAAUAGGUGUUGGAUUUGGGACGGCAAGAACAUCAGUAAGACAACUACCAGGAUGGUUUCCAGGAUCCUAUGGAUAUCAUGGUGAUGAUGGAAAUCUAUUUCAUUCACAAUUUUAUGGUACACCAUAUUCAACAACUUAUGGAAAAGGGGACAUAAUAGGUUGUUGUAUUGAUUAUUACACACGAACAGUUUUUUUUACGAAAAAUGGAAUAAACCUAGGUAUUGCUUUCAAAAAUAUUCCCUUAUGCAGAUUUUAUCCGAUGGUAGGUUUACGAUAUCCUGGUCAGAUGGUUGAAGCAAACUUUGGCAAAAGUCCAUUUGCAUUUGAUAUUCAGUUAUAUAAAUCAUCUGCAUGUCAGAAAAGAAAUGUACAGAAAAUCAACGAAAUAUAA